AUGGCUACUCAAGCCAGCGCUACAUCCUCUCGUGCAGGCAGUCAGCUGAAGACGCCAAAAGGCACUCGCGACUGGGUUGGUCAAGAUCUGCUGCUACGUGAUCGAAUCUUUCAGACAAUCAGUGACAUUCUAAAACGCCAUGGCGGUAUCCCUCUAGACACACCCGUCUUCGAAUUGCGAGACAUUCUCUCCGAGAAGUAUGGAGAAGACUCGCGGCUGAUUUAUAACCUGGAGAACCAAGGCGGGGAGCUUUGCUCCCUCAGAUAUGAUCUCACUGUUCCUUUCGCCCGCUGGCUAGCCAUGCAUAGCAAUGUGAAACAGGUCAGACGAUACCAUAUCGCCAAAGUGUACCGGCGAGAUCAACCGGCAAUAGCUCGUGGCAGGCUCCGCGAAUUUUACCAGUGUGACUUUGAUAUUGCUGGCGUUUACGACCCUAUGAUCCCUGAUGCCGAAAUUCUCCGUAUUAUCGUCGAGGUUUUCCAAGCCUUCAAGCUCGAUGUCACUAUAAAGCUCAACCACAGGAAGAUUCUGGAUGGUCUAUUCGAGACUUGCGGUGUUCCCCAGGAGAAACUACGCCUCAUCAGUUCCUCGGUCGACAAGCUGGACAAGUUACCCUGGGCUGAAGUCAAGAAGGAAAUGGUCGAGGAGAAAGGUCUUUCAGAAAUCGUCGCAGACGAGGUCGGCAAGUAUGUCUUGCAGAAAGGUGCCAUGCGUGAAAUGAUCAAUGUUCUCAAGGCAGAUGAGAAACUUCACGCGAAUGCAACUGUCAAAGGUGGAAUCGAAGACAUGGAACUAUUGGUGUCCUACUUAGAAGCUCUGGAUGUCGACAGAAUAGUGUCUUUGGAUCUAUCCCUCGCACGAGGGCUCGAUUAUUACUCUGGACUUAUCUAUGAGGUCAUCCCUCAGAUAAAAGAUACUCAGGUUGGCAGUAUUGCUGCUGGCGGAAGGUACGAUGGGUUGGUAGGCAUGUACGGCAAGCAGCCUAUUCCAUGCGUCGGCAUAUCCUUUGGAGUUGACCGCAUUUUCACUUUGCUGGACACGCAGCGCAAGAAAGGCACGUCCGACAUUUCUCACGAGACAGAAGUCUACAUCAUGGCGUUUGGAGGUAAAGAAUUCGACGGGCUCUUACUUGAGCGUAUGAGGGUCGCACGUCAACUUUGGGAUGUCGGUAUCCAGACUGAGUUUGCUGCCAAGGUCAAACCUAAGCCGCAACAACAGUUCAAUGCUUCUGACUCCGCCUUGCUGGCUGUUAUUCUUGGUCAAGAGGAGCUAGAAGCUGGCCAAACCACCUCUGUCACUGCUGUAUAUGAGAUGAUAGGCGAGUGA